UCGGGGUGAUAAGAACAACAAGGAGAUAAAAGUAGAAGUAACAAAAUGCAGAAGAAUAGUAGAAAGAAAUUAUAUUAAUUGAAAUCGAUAAAUUUAGUACAAUCACAUUGAAUUAUUUUUGUUGUAUGAAAGAGGACUGCAACAACAAAAAAAGAUGCCAAUUUAUAUACGUGUAAUUGCUGUUUUAGGAAUCCUGUGCCUAUAUUUUCAUACUGCCCACUUAAAUAAUUUAAAUUGUCACAUAAUUGAAAUUUUCUUAGAUGCAGAAUCAUUUCAAUUAUGUGGCAAUAAUGAUAACAUAAAAAUACAAGAGAAAAAGACUUCUAAUGAAAAUAUAACAUACAUCCUAUAUGAUGUUAAUCCAGUUGAAGGAUUUAAUUUACGACGUGACUGUUUCAUACGGUUGGCAGUUUUUGUGAAAAAACUAAAAAAUGAACCAGGAUAUGAGAACACAAAGCUUGUUCUACCACCCUUCUCAGACUUGUACCACUGGAGAUCACGACAUUUGGAUCAGAGUCAUAUUUUUUGGAAUACCUUCUUCAAUUUGGAGAGUAUGAAGCGGUACACCGAUGUACUGGACAUGUGGGAAUUUUUUAAUGAAAUUCAAUCAAUACACCGUGGGUUAAAAAAUCUAAAUUCCAUCACUAUCGAUGAAGUAUAUAAGUUGAAGCAUUUUCAAGAAAUGUUCAAGAAUGGCGUAUUUGAGGAUAAAUUCGAGAAGACAAGAUGUGGAAUGGCCGAGGGCGGGGCUCAGGAUGGAUUCUUUCAUUAUCGAAAUAUCACAUCAAAGAGAUUUACAUGUGUGAAUUUUCAAGGAAGUGCCAAUCUCCUUAAGGACCUCUUGGAGAAAUUCAAGCCCAAAAAUACAGGAAAUCCUCGUAUAAUUUUAUUUCUCAACGCGGAAGUGGUCCUACAUGAUUUCUGGGGGAAUGACGAAUUUUGGCGAGCAAGACGUUCGAUGCGUUUCAAUGAUAAUUUAGUGGAGAAAGCCAAUGAAUUUCGCAUUGAGAAUUUUAAUUCUACCGAUGUACUGGAUGCCGUACAACGUCCCCACAGAUGGGAGGAUGAACGUGAAUAUCGAAAUGCAAUUGGAGGUGAUUACCUCUGUGCCCAUCUACGUCGUGCAGACUUUCUCUAUGGCCGAGAACGUACAACACCAACCCUUCGAUCAGCAUCAAUUCAAAUUAAGCGCAUAACAAAAAUGUUGGGAAUCGAUCAGGUUUUUCUAUCGAGUGAUUGCUCCAGAUCUGAAUUGAUGGAUCUGUUGUCAUUUAUGAAACGACUGAGAGUCUAUAAAUACUUACCACCCACCACAGGUGAUGGUUCCAAUGCACUUAAAGACGGUGAAAUUGCUAUAAUAGACCAAAUAAUAUGUUCCAAUGCGAGAUAUUUCAUUGGAACCUAUGAAAGUACAUUCACCUAUCGUAUCUAUGAGGAACGUGAAAUUUUGGGAUUUCAUCCAAGAACAACAUUUAAUACAUUUUGCAAAAAUGACGAUUUAACGGAAUGUGAAAAAAAUUCUCAAUGGCCCAUUGUAUAUUAGAAUAAUUCCUCUUACUUGUAAAACUAUAAAUGUUUUGACCUUUGUACCUUACACGUGUUUUAAUGGUGAACUACAUAGAAUUAGGAAUUUUUGUAUGUUUAUGUAAUGAAAUUUAUGUGAAAUUUUUGUUAAUGCUCUGAAAUUAAAUAAAUGUAAAAAAACAAUGUCGACAUAC